GGGAGGAGGCCGAGAAGCUGGAGGUGCAGGUGAUGGAGACUCGCAAGACCAAGCUCGGGGCCGACCACCUGGACACACUAACGGGUAUGGACAACCUGGCAUCGAUAUAUAGGGACCAGGGCCGGGGGAAGCAGGCCGAGAAGCUAUCUGUACAGGUAAUGGAGACUUUAAAGACCAAGCUCGGGGCCGACCACUCUCACACGCUGACGAGCAUGAAUAACCUGGCGUCGACAUACCAAGAGCAGGGUCGGUGGGAGGAGGCCGAGAAGCUGUCUCUGCAGGAGAUGGAGACUCUCAAGACUAAGCUCGGACGUUGACCACCCACGCACGCUGACGAACAUGAACAAUCUGGCGUCGACAUAUCAGAAGCAGGGCCGGUGGGAGGAGGCCGAGAAGCUCUUUUUGCAGGUGAUGGAGACUUUCGAGGCCAAGCUUGGGGUUGACCACCCACACACGCUGACAAUCAUGAACAACCUGGCGUUUACUUGGAAAGGUCAAGGUCGACACCCGGAUGCUUUAGCAUUGAUGGAGAAGUGUACCAAGGCACGGCAGCGAGUCCUUGGCCCAGACCACCCAACUGCACGAUCGUCGUUGGCCACCGUAGCCAAGUGGCGUACAUAGCUAGAUCUCUUUUCUUUUCAUCGUUUUCAGAAAGAGGUUUCAUCCUUAGCUGCUCGCAACUGCCCAAGUAUGUUGGCGCCGAAAACGGCUAGUGAAUUUUGUGCCGCGAUGUCUCGGCCAUUUUUGCG